UAGCAAGGUAUGGAUAGUAAGCAACAACAACAAGAGAAAUUACGUAAAUUAUUAAAACGAAAAAAUAUUUGAAGAAUUUGAAUAUUAUAAAAAAUUUUGAAAAGAAAAUUUUUCUUAGUGGAAAUAAUAGUGAAAAGGAAAUAAUACAGGAAAUAUUAAAUUACUAAAGUGAAAAUUCAAUAGUAAGGAUAUUGAAUUUUUGAAAUUACUCAAAGUUGUAGAAGCUACAGUGAAAUUCAAAAAAAUUUCCAAAUUUAAAAAAAAAGACAAUUUUUUAAAGAAUUUUAAUUUGACGAGAAAACAAAUAAAUUUCUAAAAUGCCUGAAUUCAUAGAGAAAGUUUCAAACUUAACUCCAGUUUAUGAAAAGAAACGUAAUCAAUCACCAACUGAUUUCGGUUUAACAAACCAUAUUCGUGGUGUAAUCGUCACCAAUGGAACUGCAAAUGAUCUUACUCCAGAAGUUAAAUCUUUCGUAGAAGAUGCUGUUUUAUUAUGUCAACCAGAUGCUGUACAUAUCUGUGAUGGAACUGAACGUGAAAAUCGUUAUUUGAUUAAAGAAUUAUGUGAUCAAAAGACAAUUAUUUCAUUACCAAAAUAUGAGAAUUGUUGGUUAGCUAGAACAAAUCCAAGAGAUGUUGCACGUGUAGAAUCAAAAACUUUUAUUUGCACUGAUUUCAUAAAUGAUACAAUUCCAACACCACAAGAUGGCGUUAAAGGAACUCUUGGAAAUUGGAUUUCUCCGGAAGAUAUGAAAAAAGCAGUUCAAGAUAGAUUCCCUGCAUGUAUGAGAGGCCGUACUAUGUACAUUGUACCAUUUUCAAUGGGGCCAGUUGGUUCACCACUUUCAAAAGUUGGUAUUGAAAUUACUGAUUCAGCUUAUGUUGUUGCUUCAAUGAGAAUAAUGACUAGAAUGGGAAAAGAAGUCUUAGAUCACUUAAGAAAUGAUGGAGAAUUUGUAAAAUGUUUACAUUCUGUUGGUAAACCGCUAAAUGGUAUUAUUGAAAUGGAAUCAUGGCCAUGUGAUCCAGAACGCACAAUUAUAUUGCAUAAACCAUCAGAAAAUUUAAUUGUAUCAUAUGGUUCUGGUUAUGGUGGUAAUUCAUUAUUAGGAAAGAAAUGUUUUGCUCUAAGAAUUGGUAGUACAAUAGCUAAACGUGAAGGUUGGUUGGCUGAACAUAUGUUAAUUAUGGGUAUUACAAACCCUAAAGGAGAAAAGAAAUAUAUAACUGCUGCAUUUCCGUCAGCUUGUGGUAAAACAAAUUUAGCAAUGAUGUCUCCAACAUUACCUGGAUAUAAAAUUGAAUGUGUUGGUGAUGAUAUUGCUUGGAUGAAAUAUGAUUCCGAAGGAGUACUUCGUGCCAUAAAUCCUGAAAAUGGAUUCUUUGGUGUUGCACCAGGAACAUCAAAUUCAACAAAUCCAAUUGCUAUGCAAUCAAUCUUUAAAAAUACAAUAUUCACAAAUGUUGCUUCUACAUCUGAUGGUGGCGUUUAUUGGGAAGGAAUGGAAAAUGAAAUUGAUGAGAAUAUUGAAAUAACAGAUUGGUUAGGUAAACCAUGGGAUAAAAAUUCUGGUAAACCAGCUGCACAUCCAAAUUCACGUUUUUGUACACCAGCAUCAAAUUGUCCAAUAAUUGAUUCAGCAUGGGAAGAUCCAAAAGGUGUACCAAUAAGUGCAAUUCUAUUUGGUGGACGUCGACCAGCUGGUGUUCCAUUGGUAUAUGAAGCAAAUAAUUGGACACAUGGUGUUUUUAUUGGUGCUUGUAUGCGUAGUGAAGCAACAGCUGCUGCUGAACAUCAAGGAAAAGUAAUAAUGCAUGAUCCAUUUGCAAUGCGUCCAUUCUUUGGUUAUAAUUUCGGUCAUUAUUUAUCACAUUGGUUAAGUAUGGAGCAACGUGGAAAUGUACCAAAAAUUUUCCAUGUUAAUUGGUUUAGAAAAGGUAGUGAUGGUAAAUUUAUGUGGCCAGGAUAUGGUGAAAAUUCAAGAGUUUUAGAUUGGAUUGUAAGACGAAUUGAUGGUGAAGAAUGUUAUAGAGAUUCAGCAAUUGGAAGAAUUCCAACUGUAAAUGGUCUUAAUUUAAAUAAUUUAGAAUAUAAUGUUAAUAUUAGUGAAAUAUUUUCAAUACCAAAAGAUUUUUGGAAUCAAGAAAUUAAAGAUAUUCAAAAAUAUUUUAAUGAACAAAUUAAUACAGAUUUGCCUAGUGAAAUUAAUGAAGAAUUAAUAAAAUUAGGUUUAAGAAUAGAAGCUUUAUAAAUAAAUUUUUAAUAUAUAGUUAA